AUGGACCACGGACACAUGGAUCACGGCCACAUGGACCACGGCGAUAUGGGCCACGGCGGCCACGGCGACAUGGAUAUGGGCGGUGGGCCCAAGUGCAACAUGAACAUGCUUUUCACGUGGGACACAACGGACCUGUGCAUCGUGUUCCGGUCCUGGCAUGUUGGCUCGACCUGGAGCCUCAUUGUCUCGCUGCUGGGCGUCGUCGUGCUGUGCGCCGGCUACGAGCUGGUGCGCGAGCUCUCCCGCCGCUACGAGGCCUCCGUGGCCGCCCGCCAGAGUGGCGUUAGAGUUGGUGGCUCGGGUGUUCCUGACCCCCGCACCCACUCAAUCAUCGACGAAGACAACAACAACCACUUUGACGAAUCGAGCUCAUUACUCGGGUCAACAACAGCAAAUAAUGCCGGCGGGCGGACCGUCGUCGCGUGGUCGGCGCGCGAGGAGAAGCGCAUCAAGAUCGUCAAGGCCGUGCUCUACGCCGUCCAGGUCUUCUACUCGUUCUUCAUCAUGCUCCUCUUCAUGACCUACAACGGCUGGGUCAUGCUCGCCGUCGCCGUCGGCGCCUUCGCCGGCUACCUCGCCUUCGGGAACGCCGGCGGAGCCGGCGGCAGCGCCACCAAGAGCGUCGCGUGCCAUUAG